UGACUAACCCCUAAACGCAGAGUAUCCUCCAAUUCCAAACCCCAAAACAGCAAUUCUUCUAUCAGAUCGGAGCAGCCAAAAGAAAGAGCGACUUUCACAAAGAUAGAGACUCUGUGUGAAUCAAAUCUCCAUUAACACACCUUCGAUCACCAAAAAAAAAAAAGACACAAAAAUGAACACAGACAUUACAGCAUCAACUAAACCAGAAUACACAGUCGUCGAUCGAAACCCACCUUUUACCAAAGUCGUUGGUAAUUUCAGCUCUUUAGAUUAUCUUCGUUUCGUCACAAUUACCGGCGUUUCCGUCACUGUUGGCUAUUUAUCCGGGAUUAAGCCAGGAAUUAAGGGUCCAUCAAUGGUGACAGGUGGGUUAAUUGGGUUAAUGGGUGGGUUUAUGUAUGCUUAUCAGAACUCUGCUGGGAGACUUAUGGGUUUUUUCCCUAACGAAGAUGAGGUAGCUCGUUACAAGAAGCAGCUUAAUCAGUGAUUCAAUUUUUGUUGAUGGAGAAGUUUUUAAUGUUGUUUGUUUUGAUUUUGUGAUGAAAUCAAGCUUAAGAACAAUUUUACUGAGCAUUUUGAACAAUUAGAUGGAGGUUUAAUUGAAAUAAUAAUGCACCAAUUGUUGUUAUGUUUUGAACUUUUGUUGAUUUGAAAGUGUGUUAUUGAUGAGGUGGGAUUUUAUUUUGA